CAUAAAUUGUCGUGGUCACACUCCAUUCGUCUUAAUAGCUUCAUCUCCCAACUCUCAGAUACUUGAAAAGUUUCCUCUCCUAAAUCGCAGCUGAUGGCGUCUUUCACUGUAUUCCCCGUCACCCCAUCUCCGCUGUGCUCGAGCAAGAAUGGGAUGAACUCAUCUUCACAAGCAGCGCUCAUAAAAUGCGUGAGAAGCAGCCAUUUAGUUCAAAAGGAGAAUAAGAUGAGGGUCUCGUGCAUGGCAAGUAUUCCUGCAGAUGAUCGAGUGCCUGAUAUGGGAAAGAGGGAGCUCUUGAAUUUGCUCCUUUUGGGUGCUCUUUCACUUCCCACCGCCGGCAUGUUGGUUCCUUAUGCUUCGUUCUUUGUCCCACCUGGGACUGGAGGGUCUGGUGGUGGAAUCGUAGCCAAGGAUGCAUUAGGAAAUGAUGUUCUUGCGGAUGUAUGGAUCAAAAACCAUGGACCUGGGGAUCGGACCCUUACACAGGGAUUGAAGGGUGAUCCGACCUACCUUGUUGUGGAGAGUGACAGAACACUGGCAACAUAUGGCAUCAAUGCUGUAUGCACUCACCUCGGCUGUGUGGUUCCAUGGAAUGCUGCUGAGAACAAGUUCAUUUGCCCCUGCCACGGAUCGCAAUACAACAAUCAAGGAAGGGUUGUUAGAGGACCGGCUCCGUUGUCGUUGGCCUUGGCUCAUGCUGAUGUCGAUGUCGAUACUGGGAAGGUAGUGUUCGUUCCAUGGGUUGAAACAGAUUUCAGAACUGGUGAAGCUCCAUGGUGGGCUUAAUUACAUUGAUUUUACUUUGCUUGUGAUUUGUAUGAAAACCUUGAUUUAGUACUAUAGCAUUUGCUAUCCAGUUAUAUUUUGGCAUGCUUGUUAGUUGUAUAUCCUUGUGAAACAUGAUAUAUUACAUUUUGUUCAAUUUUACAUAAUUAAUAUAGUACACAAUAUCGGAGAAAAGAAGAACUGUAAUUUAUUUAUUCCUCAAUUUAUUAAACCUCAGAAUUUUUCA